CGACUCGAGAAAUGUCACUCGGUUAAUUGAAUUAUGUUUUGAAAUUGUUUUCUUUUGUAUUGGUUUUCAAAUAGAUUUAAUUAAUUUCGUACAAUGCGGAAUAAGUUGUAAAUUGUGCAGUGCGUCAGCAAGUUCCUACACAUUGAUAAUGAGUUCCGCAGAGAUGAAUCACAUAAAAAUAAAUCGAUAUAAUUUUCGUAAGAAAAUCGUCAUAUAAAACCGGCGAUCAUUAUUACUUUUGUUCAUUAACAAAAACCAAUUAUUAAAAUAGGGUCGAUCGAUAGAGUGCAAUUUCAAAAUCAUCGAAAUAAAUUUAUAGCCAAUUAUAAUAUGUCUUUUCGCAGUUUAGGAAAAUUAUUCAAAACAAAAAAAACUGAUAAACAGGAAAGCAAAGAAAUCUCAUUGCCCGCAGAAGGCUUCCACAAGAGUAUUCAGAUGUUGCUGUCUUACUCGGGGCAACAUCUCACCAAAGCUGGCUCGGAAACCAGGGAAGAGUUAUUGGACAGCCCGUCCGGCUGUGGUCUUCACAGUGUGGCGGUGCUCCGCUGUCUGGGCCGAAGCCAUGGCCUCGCGGGCUCAGACCCCUUUGAAGACCUAGAGAUUGACAAGAUUGUUGAUGUUUUCAUCGACCUAUUGAACAAGAUACAAGCCAUAGGCGCAGAAGAGUUGGAUUCCCAAGCUAGUCCAUUCGACGAACAGAUGGCGCUAGCGUGCCUCGCCAAACUAGACGCUGUCGUGGCCACCAACCGCGGUCAUUUGGCACUCAGCAAGUUAACCUGGGCGGACUUUCUGCUGGCCGGCAUGUGGGAGCACGUGCAGCAAGCGCUGGACCUGUCUAGCGACCAGUUUGCCAACAUCGAACAACUUGUUCACCAACUGACUGCGGUUCCAGCUGUGAAGGCUGCUUUAGAACGAGCGCAUGACAGUACUUAGGCGUUUGGUUGUUUCUGAACGAAUUAUGUUUUUUUUUAUUAGAGCCGUAACAGACUAUCGCACCGGUCCUUAGUGCGGUCAAAAUAUCUCUUUCUCGCUCUAACUUAUAGCUGCGUCCUUAACGCACGUAAGGCGACCACCUUACACACUAUCGAUACGUGCGCCGCACCGCACAGAGGUCGCGGUGCGGUGCGGUGCGGUAGUCUGUUACGGCUUUGCGCAUACACAUCUGGAUUCAGAGUUUUAAUGUCUAUUGCUCGUUCAUUCAAAAUUUCAUUAUUUAACACAUUAAAAAACGCCACGCCUAUCGUCAUCGUGAACGAUAUCGGAAUGCGCAAAGGUUGAUAAUGAACUGUACCCGCGCGCAUCAGUUGAUGUAUUUGGCGGUCGAAGGAAUACAAUUUGAUAAAUUGUGUCAAACUAUUUCUUCUGAAUUUAUUCAUACAUUCUCAAAUGUGUUUGUUCUUAAUCUGGUUGUAUAUGAUUUUUCUAAAAAUAAGUGCCUUUUAAGUUGCCCUUAAUUUAUAGUGAUCUCAUUAGCUUAUUAUCAAGUCCGAAAAUUUAAUUUUCUUUCAAUGUUAUGGUUGUUAGUAUAAAUUGUAUAAAAGAAGUCAAUUGUAAUAUGUAAUCAUUUCAACACCUGUUACUCAUUUGUAAUCACUUUUAAAUAAUCAUGCAUAAUACAUUUGAAUUUCAAGACAAAAUGAUCAAUAUUUUACCCUACUUCUAAAAGCCACAUGAGUCUAUCCGCCGCCAUACACUUGAAAUUAUAUUAGGUAGGGUAAUUCGCCAGUAACUGGCCACCGGCCAAUAACUGGCCACCCUAAACUAAAAAUAAAUUAUAUUCACCUAUAAACAGAAUUCAUUUUAGUAUAAGGUUUCAAUAACUGGCCAGUCUUCAAUAACUAGCCACCUUAUACUAAAAUGAAUUCUGUUUAUAGGUGAAUAGAAGUCAUUUUUAGUUUAGGGUGGCCAGUUACUAACAGGUGGCCAGUUGCUGGCGAAUUACCCUACCUAUACUUUUUUUAUUAGAUUUCACUAUAUACGUAAAGUGAAGAAUUUCCUGGACGUAACUAGUAAUUGAUCUGCAACAUCGAGAUUGCACAACGAAACUAGCACUUAGGCGUUUUUCAACUAGAGAAUCUUUAAAAUAUUGCUCUGUUGUUCAAAACAAACGUAAUUUUGUAUGCAUUUCUAGCCCCCUCCACACUCGGGCGCGAAUCGCGGCACGAAGCCACGAAUGCGAGUGUGGAGCGUGCUUUAGCUUUAUCAUGUUUUUAGGUUAUUGUUAUCUGACUUAAGUACCUAAAUUUAACAAAAUACCUGUGCCAUGAAACCUAAUUAAGGAAUUGAUUGUAACUGUUAUCAUUCUACUAUAAGGUGUGACCUGUAAUAUAGUCAAAUAAUCAAAUGACAGCUAAGCUAUCACUGAUUAGUAAAGCCAGCAGGACCAGUUAAUAUCUGAUUACGCGCCAUGUUGCGGAAUUUCACUGGAACAAUUUGUAGUCACAGUAAAUUUACUGCCAUCUAUCGACACACGACUACAACUCAAAAUGAAAACGUAUUAAACUAUCGAAAAAAAUUAUAUAAAUGGAUAAAUGAUUUUAUUAUUUUUAUAUAAUUUUGACCCAUGUUCAUUCACUGAUACCUAUGUGUUAAAAUUGUUAAAUAUAAAACGGUCAACGCCAUCUAGCCGAGCAUAGGCCAAAGGUGUGUGCGCCAUCUAUCCGAGAAUGACUUUUUCUUGAUUUCCGAGGCACGUUUUUUUCUUAGACUUUAUUCAUCUUAUACGGAGUUACAUAUGUCUUUGUUGGUAGUGACUCUGUCUGAAGAUUAUAAACAUAGCAAAGCUUAAAUGUCAUGUGGGGACUAUAAUAUUUUACAAACUGGAAGGGUACGAUUGAUAGAUGUCAAUUCAAUACAAUUUGGCGACGGCAUUUUGAGGUAAUAAAUUGUAUGGAGAUGACAUCUAUCAGCGUACCCUUCCAGAAAACAAUUAUAGGUCGAUUUGUGUAAGAUUGUUUCAUAACUUUUAUAUUUAUUUCACUACUUACUAAUAUUUUAUUUCGUAACAUAAUUCGCCAAUACUGGUCGAAGUUUGACAGCGGUUCAGGGUCGAAUCAUGCUAUCCCUUUCUAAUAUAUGGCACUAUCCCUUUCGGAUAUUUAGGGUUGUCAAAAAUCAAGUGAUUAUCUUAUCUGUGGUCGUGCACGCAAAAGGAAGUCAAGUGGUGCCAACCCUAAUAAUUGCUCGGAGCAAUGCUGAGCCGAGCGGAGCCGAGUUUGACCGAAAUCAGGAGUUUCGCACCCCUGAUAUUAUCAUGAAUUAUGACAGAGAUUAGAAUUGACCAAUUAGAAGUCAAGAUAAGCGGCGCCAUCUGUUGAAAAGUUUAAUCAUUACCUUUAAAUAUUUGCUGUUGAAAUUUAUUCCUUAAAAUGGAUAACUUUGUGAUAAGCCCUUUAGAACGCCAAGUUAUAAACGCAUAAUAUAAUUAUGACGUAUUGUAACAUUAACUUAUUAUUAUAAAACAGAUAUGUCUGGAAUUAUAAGAGAAAUUGAAAAAUUCACCGCUUCGGGCAAGACUCGAACUUGCGACCAUUCGAGACCCCGGGCCGAAUUCUCUUAACCAACCGUAGCUUACCAGAAGCGUGCAAAUUCCAUUCGUUCCUUUUUGUUUCCACGCCUAAGGGAGGCGAGUAGCGACAUCUACCGUUAUAAUAAUUAUUUGUAUUUUGUAUUUUUCAACACGACGAAGUCUAAUACUACUAUAAUAGUACUACAUACUACUUUAGUCAGCUAUUUAAGAUGCUAUGGAAUAAUCCAGCCAGAAAUGAAGGUUUCUGACGAACAGACAGAAUAGCAAAACUAUAAGAGUUACUUGUUUACCUUUUGUCGUUUUUGGCGCUUGAGAAACGCCUUUCCAUCAACGUAUUUUGACGUCUUUGGUGUUCAAAGGCUGCGUAGUAGAAGUGUGAUGUAUUGUUUAUACUACCUUUUGAGACUUGUUCAAAAUUAUUGUACUUAGUACUUUGAGAGAGAAUUUUAUUGUAAAACUGUUAAUGCGGUUAUUCCAUUGACGUAUAUCUCAGGACUGGCCUUACGGGAAAUAAUAAUGGUGCAUGAAUGGGGCCAGUACAGCGGUGUGACAUCGCUACAACGCGAUUAACUCGAAUUCUUAAGUGACAUCGGUGAACUAUAUAGCACUAUUCUUAGUGCCCGUAAGACCCGUCCUGAGAUAUAAGUCAAUGGGUUAUUCUUGAAUACCUAACUGUCUUUGUGAUGAAAAUAAAUUAUUUAUAUUUA